CAGGGUGUGUCCCGCCUCUGUGGUGCAAAUGUGCAAAUGGCCCCUCCAGGCAGGGCGGCUGCCGAGCCGAUUUAAACCCCCGGCACCUGGGCCGGCCUCUGUUCCGGAGCCGCUUCCCGUGGCCGGAGAGGACCCUGGGCUGGGGCUGGGGCUGGGACUUCCCUCGUGUCAUGGCCCCCAAGCGCCAGUCUCCGCUCACUGCUCCGACCAAGAAGCCCCGACAGUCUCCGGCCCCCAAGUCCGAGGCAGCGUCCGCCUCGCCCGCCCUGCCCAAGGGAGAAAAAGAACAACAAGAAGCAAUUGAACAUAUUGAUGAAGUACAAAAUGAAAUAGACAGACUUAAUGAACAAGCCAGUGAGGAGAUAUUGAAAGUAGAACAGAAAUAUAACAAACUCCGCCAACCAUUUUUUCAGAAGAGGUCAGAAUUGAUCGCCAAAAUCCCAAACUUUUGGGUAACAACAUUUGUUAACCAUCCACAAGUGUCUGCACUGCUUGGGGAGGAAGAUGAAGAGGCGUUGCAUUAUUUGACCAGAGUUGAAGUGACAGAAUUUGAAGAUAUAAAAUCAGGUUACAGAAUAGAUUUUUAUUUUGAUGAAAAUCCUUACUUCGAAAAUAAAGUUCUCUCCAAAGAAUUUCAUCUGAAUGAGAGUGGGGAUCCAUCUUCAAAGUCCACUGAGAUCAAAUGGAAAUCUGGAAAGGAUUUGACGAAACGUUCAAGUCAAACGCAGAAUAAAGCCAGUAGGAAGAGGCAGCAUGAAGAACCCGAGAGCUUCUUCACCUGGUUUACCGACCAUUCUGAUGCAGGCGCAGAUGAGUUGGGAGAGGUCAUCAAAGAUGAUAUUUGGCCAAAUCCGUUGCAGUACUACUUGGUUCCUGACAUGGAUGACGAGGAAGGGGAAGGAGAAGAAGAUGACGACGACGAUGAAGAAGAAGAAGGAUUGGAAGACAUUGAUGAAGAAGGGGAUGAGGAUGAAGGUGAAGAAGAUGAAGAUGAUGAUGAAGGGGAGGAAGGAGAGGAGGAUGAAGGAGAAGAUGACUGAUCAAACACUGAUGGGUUCCAACCUUCUUUUAUUAUUUUCCUUUUUUUUUUUUUUUUAUUUUUUAUUUUAAAAAAAAAAAUUUUUUUUUUCUCCAGUCCCUGGGAGCAAGUUACAGUCUUCCCCCCCCCCUGUGCUCAGUUGUGCCCUGUUCUUGAACUCUUCUCAAGCACCAUGGUUCUUGACUUACUUUAUGGGAGAUGCCUUGAGCAGAAUACAUUGGGAAAAGGAUCUCUACAACCAUCUGUUCUAAAUUCAUUUUGAUCCCCUCCUGUCUGUCUCCACACAAACUGUAUGGAAUCAACACCACCGUGCUCUGUGGGAAAAAAGAAAACCCUUCUGCUCCCUUUGCUCUGCUGGAAGCUGGAGGGUGCUAGGCCCCUGUGUAGUAGUGCAUAGAAUUCUAGCUUUUUUCCUCCUUUCUCUGUAUAUUGGGCUCAGAGAUUACACUGUGUCUCUAUGUGAAUAUGGACAGUUAGCAUUUACCAACACGUACCUGUCUACUUUCUCUUGUUUAAAAAAAGAAAAAAAAAAUCUUAAAAAAAUGGGGUAUAGAAGGUCAGCAAAGGGUGGGUUUGAGAUGUUUGGGUGGGUUAAGCGGGCAUUUGACAACAUGGCUUCUCCUUUGGCAUGUUUAAUUGUGAUGUUAACAGACAUCCUUGCAGUUUAAGAUGACACUUUUAAAAUAAAAUUCUCUCCUAAUGAUGACUUGAGCCCUGCCACUCCAUGGGAGAAUCAGCAGAACCUGUAGGGUCUUAUUUGGAAUUGACAUUCUCUAUUGUAAUUUUGUUGGUUUAUUUUUAAAUUCUUUUUUGUUUUCACUGGAAAGGAAAAGGUGAUGCGCAGUUUUAAACGUUCAAAGUGUACAAGUUGCUUUGUUACAAUAAAACUACAUGUGUACGCGAA